AGAAGCUACAAUAAAUUAUAAAAGGUUAAGUUUGAUACUUAACCCGCACUCGUAAACCUGUAGGCGCGUUUUGGGUGCUAUCUUAAUCGCCGCGGUAGAUAUAUUUACGUCGCAAUAAGUUAUCAGGAGCCUAAUUACGGCCGCGAAACCACCUGUCCGCUAUCGUCUGUCUGUACAUAGGCCUUCGCAUAUACUUCCGUGCGUCUUACGCGCGGUCCCUCCCCCGUGGCGCGAUUGGUCGGAGCGGGAGGUGCGCGCGCACCGGCCCUCCUCGCUGUCUGGAGCGAUGUUCGGACUCCGGAGAAGCCGGUCGCGGCCGCGAUGUGUCGCCGACAGUGCUGUCGCGACCCCAUCGCAUCGCAGCGCGGACCAGACGCUCCGCAGUCUGCAGAGGCCGUGCGCUCACUGUACCAAAACUAUACUAAAACUUCCUAAAAACUAACUAUAGACAUUAACUCAUCAAGUAGACUCUCUGUAAAUAAUAGUUAUAAAAGUUGUUGUUGUUUUAAAAAGUUUCAAAACUUUUUACGCGGACUUAUACUUUUGAAAUUAGUAUUAGUGAACUGUCUGGCUCUUUGGUGAUGUGAAAUGGGUUGGCAUCGCAAGCAGGUCCGCACGGUGCCGCGGCCACUGGUGAGCUGGUGCGCGUGGGCAUGCGCGCUGCUCGCCGCCGCCGCGAGCGCUCAUGCGGAUGUCGACACCUCGACGGGCCUUGGAGACAACACACUUACUAAUUCAGUGGUGGAGGAGCCGGAGUUCACGGACGUGAUUCAGAACAUGACGGUGCCGGCCGGGCGAAGCGUGCGUCUAGCUUGCUCUGUCAAAAACCUCGGCUCUUACAAGGUAGCAUGGAUGCACUUCGAGCAAAGCGCAAUAUUGACCGUGCACAACCACGUCAUCACGCGCAACCCGCGCGUCAGCGUCACGCACGACAAGCACCGCACGUGGUUCCUGCACAUCUCGGACGUGCGCGAGGAGGACCGCGGCCGCUACAUGUGCCAAAUCAACACGGUCACCGCUAAAACGCAGUUCGGAUACUUGCACGUCGUAGUACCACCGACGAUAGACGACUCUCUAAGUUCGAGCGACGUGAUCGUCCGGGAGGGCGCGAACGUUACCCUGACGUGCCGUGCUAAUGGCUCUCCUAAGCCCACCAUCAAGUGGAAGCGGGACGACAACUCAAAAAUCUCCAUCACAAAAGGACAUUCUGUGUCCGACUGGGAAGGUGAAGUGCUGGAGAUGGCGCGUAUCUCACGCUUGGACAUGGGCGCCUAUUUGUGCAUCGCUAGUAAUGGCGUUCCACCUACCGUGUCCAAAAGGGUUAAAGUCAGCGUUGAUUUCCCCCCAAUGUUAUGGAUUCCCCACCAACUAGUCGGGGCGCCUCUUUAUUACAACGUAACCCUGGAAUGCUUCACCGAGGCGCAUCCCACGUCUCUGAAUUACUGGACCCGUGACGACGGCCACAUGAUUCAUGAGAGCUCCAAGUAUCAUAUGGAAAAUACACUCGGCGUUCCUGCUUACAAAACACAUAUGAGGCUGUUAAUCAGACAUAUUACUACUGAAGAUUAUGGAACAUAUAAAUGCGUGGCCAAAAAUCCGCGGGGAGAGUCGGAUGGAACGAUAAGGCUAUAUACUUCCUCACCGCCGACCACCACGCCGGACCCACGGGCCGCGACCGUCCCGCCGCCGUCCAAGCCACCACGCAAAGACACGCCAGUUCUAGAUAAAGGUACAAAGUAUCAGUCGAACCUGAACGAGAUCGACAAGGGCAAGCAGAAGCCAGACGAGGGUGGUGGGAAGUCUCACCUCAACUGGGUCGGGGGCGCAUCGCAAGUCACAGGUUAUGCUGAUUGGAGGAGGAGUCAAGCAUGGAUUCUACUUUUGUUAGUAGUGCUACCUUAUUUUUAAUCAGUUAAUUACCUUUGAACCAUUUCAUUUUUUGCUGGCAUUUCCGUAUUUAAGCUAGUUAUAAAGAUUAUUUUAGACAAUUAAUUGGAC